GCAAAGAUAACCAGACCAAAGGUACUGUUACAGAUCAAGACGGUGACCGUAAACGGGAAAGAACUGAAGGCCCUAGUGGAUACUGGGAGUGACCAGACUCUGGUGAACAGGAAAUUUGUGGCUCCAUCUUUAAUUAGGGCCUAUAAUAAAUUACCCAUCUGCUGCGUACAUGGGGAGGAAAGAAUGGUGCCCACUGCAGACCUAUAUAUUGGGGUUGAAGGUCAAACCUACCUGUUAGAAGUAGGGGUAGCAGAUAAUCUUCCAUAUCCCGUAGUUCUUGGUCGUGAUUUACCAGUGCUCCUAGAUCUGGUCAAGCCCGUGCAGCAGUGCAACAUAGUGAUAACAAGGGCCAUGGCAAAGCAGCCGGAAGAAGCGAUACAGACUCUUUCGACACUGCCCUUUUAUGACGUAGAUUUAGCGAUGGGCAUCCCAAAAUCAAGAAAAUCUAAACGUCAAAAGAGACGAGCAAAGCUUGAGUAUAAUGCCUCCCAAUUGCCCGUAGAGAGCACAUGCAAUCUAACCCCACAUGUCCAGCUGCCUACUAACAUAAUUGCAUUACAGCAAAAAGAUGUUAGUCUUGCUGUUUGCCUACAGAAAGCAAACCAGGAGACCACAGGGGAGGGACCCACUAAUGACAAGGGUGAGCAUUUUGUAUUUGAACAGGGCAUACUCUACCGCCAGAUCGGACUGGUAAAACAGCUGGUGGUUCCGCAGGAUACUCGAGAGGUUGUCCUUCACCUGAGCCAUUCCAUUCCCUGGGCUGGCCACCUAGGGAAAAAGAAAACCACUGCACGUAUCAAAAGACACUUUUACUGGCCCGGCUUGGAAACGGAUGUUGCCCAGUACUGUAAAAGUUGCCCUGAUUGUCAAAAAGUAUCCAUCAAACGUCCAUCAAGAGUGCCCCUCCAGCCCCUUCCUGUAAUCAGUACACCAUUCGAACGUCUGGGCAUGGAUGUCGUUGGCCCUGUGGAAAAGAGCUGUGCAGGUAACCGGUUUCUACUGGUGAUCACCGAUUAUGCUACGAGGUACCCAGAGGUAUUUCCUUUAAAGUCUGUCAAAGCUAAAUAUGUUGCAACUUGUCUAGUCCAGUUCUUUUCCAGAGUCGGACUGCCAGCUGAAAUUCUCACUGACCAAGGGACCAAUUUCAUGUCCAAUCUCCUGAAACAAGUCUACCAGUUGCUGGGUAUUAAAAGUUUGCGGACAACACCUUACCAUCCUCAAACUGAUGGGCUCACAGAACGAUUUAAUCAGACAUUGAAACAAAUGCUGCGGAAAUUUGUUGGUGAGACUGGCCGGGACUGGGACCAAUGGCUCCCGUAUCUUCUUUUUGCUUAUAGAGAAGUACCCCAGGCUUCUACCGGGUUUUCUCCGUUUGAGCUCUUAUACGGCCAUGAAGUUCGGGGACCUCUGACACUACUUAAAGAAGUCUGGGAAGGAGACCAUGGUGAGAGUGAGCCUAUUAACAUUGUGUCUUAUGUCUUGCAAAUGAGGGAACGUCUGGAGAAAAUGAGGACUUUGGCUCAAACCCACCUGAUGGAGGCCCAGAAGCACCAAAAAACAUGGUACGACCAAUCGGCACGGGAAAGAGGCUUUGUGGUUGGAGACAGAGUACUUGUGAUGCUGCCGAGUCAGGAGAGCAAGCUGUUGGCCAAGUGGCAGGGCCCCUUCGAGAUCAGGAACCAGCUAGGUCCCACCACGUAUGAAGUGGUCAUUCCAGGGCAAGAUCGUGCUAGCCGAGUACUUCAUGUCAACCUUUUGAAGAAGUGGGUAUCCCGACCUGAGCAGAGAGCGCAAGUGAUGAUGAUUCGUCAUGUGAAGGAGGAGGAGGAAUGGGAAGACCAGUACUUGCCUCGACCAGUAGCUGGAAAUAUUCAUCUGGAGCAUCUGCCUGAAGAUCAGCAAUCCCAGGUGAGAGCUCUAUGUACCCCUGAAACCUUCUCAGAAUAUCCUGGUUUGACAUCUUUGAUACAACAUGAUGUGAUAUUAAAACCUGAUGCAGCUGUUAGACGUAUGAGUUACAGAAUACCUGAGAGACUCCAAGAGGACUUGAAGGAGGAAGUGAACUUGAUGCUGAGACUGGGAAUUAUUGAACCCUCUAAAAGCGAGUGGUGCCAUCCGGUGGUCCUAGUACCGAAAAAGGAUGGGAGUAUCCGGUUUUGUAUUGACUUCCGGUACUUGAAUUCUGUAUCACAGUUUGACUCAUAUCCUACUCCCCGUAUAGACGCCUUAAUUGAUCGAUUGGGCAAAGCCAAAUACCUGACGACCAUCGAUUUGUCCAAAGGGUAUUGGCAGAUACCAUUGACACAACAGGCCCGUCCUUUAACAGCAUUUAGGACACCAUGGGGGCUAUUCCAUUUCCGGGUUUUACCCUUUGGCCUGCAUGGGGCACCGGCUACCUUUCAGAGACUUAUUGACCAGGUGUUACAUGGGCUAACCUUUGCUGCAGCUUAUUUGGAUGACAUAGUCAUCUACAGUACUACCUGGGAGGAGCAUGUUCAACACCUUCAAGAGGUUCUACAGCGUCUGCAAGAAGCAGGCCUCACAGUGAAUCCUGCCAAGUGUGCUGUAGCCAGGACGGAAACCGAGUACCUGGGCUUUGUCAUUGGCAACGGGGUAGUGCGACCACAAGUCAACAAGGUCCAGGCAUUAGAGGAAGCUCCCAUUCCUCAGACCCGUAAGGAACUCAGGUCCUUUCUGGGAAUGGCGGGAUUUUAUAAUCGUUUUAUCCCUCACUUCUCUAGCAGGGCUGCCCUGUUGACAGAUAUGGUGGGGGUUCGAUGUCCAAAUCAAUGCCAGUGGUCAGAAGAAAGGAUGACGGCCUUUCGAGAUAUUCAAUCGGCGUUAAGAGAAAAUGCUGUGCUGUACAGUCCAGACUUUGAUCAAGAAUUUAUUGUGCAGACGGAUGCCUCUGAGAGGGGCAUAGGGGCUGUGUUGUUACAGGGACCACCUGGUGAGCGACGGCCUGUGGCUUUCAUUAGCCGCAAACUCUUUCCAAGGGAAGUCCGCUAUUCGACAAUAGAGAAGGAAUGUUUGGCAGUUAAAUGGGCCCUAGACUCCUUGAGAUAUUACCUACUUGGAAGGGAGUUCAAGUUGGAAACGGACCAUAAAGCUCUCCAGUGGCUGGAAAGGAUGAAAAAUACCAAUGGGAGGAUCACACGGUGGUAUCUGGCUAUGCAGCCUUUCCGGUUCACUGUCCAGCACGUUCCGGGCAAGUCCAAUGUGACCGCUGACUACUUCUCUCGUUGUAUCCACGAGAUGCCUGAAGGGAGGGGGUGUGUGAUGGCCGAAUCUGUGGCCACACAUUGAUAAGGUUUAAGUUACCGUGGCAUGGAGGUUGGAUGAAUGGCGUUGACUCAGGUGUGCGUCUUUCCGUCAUCGCGGUCUUGACUGACAAAAGGCUGAGGCGCGUGCGGCAGUCAAUAUUUAUGGUCUGAGCAUUCCACUGGACGAUACCAACUAGAUGCUAUGUCAUGGGGGGGGGUGAAGAAAUGAAGUUAUUUCUGAUUGGUUCCAAUUUAUUUUUAUUAUUAAUAUUUGUUGUUUUGUAUUAUUAGAUUGUUUUGUUUGUUACUCUAUUUACUUUUAAUUAGAUAACUUGUAACUAAUUUGUUGGUUUAUAAAGUGUUGAUUGUAUGUUUUCCCCUGUCUUGUUUUAAGUGAGCUCACCGUCUGUGAUAAAUACCUGUCUGUUGUCUCACUUAGGGGGUUAGUUUUGUUUUGUUCAGUUCUUCUUAAGUUUCGUUAUAUUGAAUUAAAACUUGUUUUGUUUACUUUAUUAAAGUCUAGCUAGAUUAUUUGUUAGAACAAGUUGAUUUAUUUUGUAACUGAGACCUUUUUCUUAUUUUUGGGUAAAAUAAAACCUUUUUUUGUUGGCAAUCCUGUGUCCUCGUGCCUUACUACUUGGCGAUA